AUGGAGGUGAUGGACAGCUGCCAGUUCUCCCCGUCCGAGCUCUUCUAUGACAGCUCCUGCCUCUCCUCCCCGGAGGGCGAGUUCCCCGAGGAUUUUGAGCCCAGGGACCUGCCUCCCUUCGGCGCCCCCGAGCCCCCCGAGCCCGCCUGCUCCGAGGAAGAGGAGCAUGUCCGAGCUCCCACUGGCCACCACCAGGCCGGGCACUGCCUCAUGUGGGCUUGCAAAGCCUGCAAGAGAAAAGCCACCACAAUGGACCGGCGGAAGGCGGCCACCAUGAGGGAGAGGAGGAGGCUGAAGAAAGUGAACCAGGCUUUUGAGACCCUGAAGAGAUGCACCACUGCCAACCCCAACCAAAGACUCCCCAAAGUAGAGAUCCUGCGAAAUGCCAUCAGAUACAUCGAGAGCCUCCAGGAGCUCUUGAGGGAACAGGUAGAAAACUACUAUCACCUGCCGGGACAGAGCUGCUCCGAACCGACCAGCCCCACUUCCAGCUGCUCCGACGGGAUGGUAAGAGAGGGGCAGGAGCGAUGGGGCU